GCUACUGUAAUAAACUCGGCCGUGUUGUGUUCAUCACUCUUCAGGCUUCUUGCUCCGAAAUUUCGCCGGAGAAAUUGGCUGCCGCCGGGACUAUGUCGAAGGCGAAACAAUCUGUCUACAUCUCUUCCUCAUCAGACGAUGAAGAAGACGAAGAAGAAAGCUCAGGGCAAGAGGACGAAGAAAGCGACUACGAAAGCGAAGAGGAAGAAGAUGAGACGGAAAGUGAGGAGGAAGAAGAUGAAGAGGAUGAAUCAGAAUCAGAGUCAGAUCAGGAAGUAGAGGUGGAAUCGGAUGAGAGUUCCGAUGAGGAGGGGUGUGACGAAGACGACAGCAUUGAGGACGAGGACGACGAUGGUUGUGAUUGGAAGGAGGGUAAACUUACAGAUAAAGAUCUUUGUGACAAAGUCGUUAAUCUUCUUUGCCAAAGAAACAAAAAAUUGGAUGUACUGAAGUUGGAAGAGUGCAAAGCCUAUUUGAGAAAACAUGAGCUAAUAAUAAGUGGCGGAAAAGCAACCUGUAUCCAACGAAUUCUUGAGCAUUGGAGACUAAAAGAUGGAAAGGGCGAGAGGUUGUAUCCAAAGUCAUCAUUUUCUAUCAACUGUACAGGUGAUGUCUGCCAAGGUGAUGUUGUCAUUUUCAAGCAACGAGUCUAUGAUAAGUCCAACAAAGUUUCAAGAAUUGGAAUAGUUAUAGGAAAGCGAACAAUUGCUGGUAGGAUUGUUAAGGAAAGCUAUGGCAGAGCGAAGCAGCAACACACUUUUACUGUCGAAGUAUUGUGGAGCAAAGGUGCUCAUCCAUUGCCAUCAUUACAUCCUUUGCUUGUGAAGGGGCGUAAUCUCUAUCGAUACAGAACUUUCCGCCAGCGUUGGGACAAUGAGGCUGAAAGAUCAAAGGUUCUUGAAGAGAAGCACGGAAGGGGAGCCAUAGCAAGACAUAUUAGAGCAUCCACCAAAGCAAGAAUUAGUGCAGGUUCCAAACGCCAACGAACUCUCACCGUUUCUAAACAAUAUCAAAUCAAACGACCGAAGAAACAUUCAAAGUCUCCUAUUCGAAAAAAACAGCGGAAGACUUACAAUAUCAAAGCUCAUGUAAAAAACUUUUCCAGAAACAAGCAAACAGAAUGCUCAUCCUCAACUAAGCAUUCUAAGAAGUUCAAAACCAAGACAUUUUCAAACGAAAAUAUGAGACAAAUUAAUCAGUCCAAAAAUGAUGCCAAACCACCACAUUUCUUUACUCAGAGACCCAUUUUUCAGAACAAUUACUACAAUUUAAACCCAGAAUUUCAUCACAGUGAUAGCAUGGCAGCUCCACAUGCAGGCAGAGAGAGAUUUCUCAUCCCUGCACACAACUAUAGGCACACUGCAGCUCAUAAUAUUUCUCUGAUGAAUCGGGGUGGAAAUUUUAGACAAUUAAAUUUAGUUGAUUCUUUCCAGUUUGAUCAAAGGGGCCAUUUAAGCCAACAUAAUUUGAAUUCUAGUUCUCAGUAUGAUUUAAGGAGCUCAGGCCAUUAUGCUUUUGAUCAAAGGCCUGCAGGUUUUCAGUUCCAUAGCAGAACCCCUGCAGGUUUUCAGUUCCAUAGCAGAACCCAGCAUUGGCCAUAAUAGAUGUUUUUCUUACUGUUGCUUAUAUUACAUUUAGUGAUUUGAGAGCAUUUCUCUUUUCCUGCAAAAUUAUCUGAAAAUAGGCAUAGGGAGGCUCAUGAAGGACAAUUCUAUUAGGUAUGCUCUGUAACUUUGUGACCCUGUUUUUUGUUCAAGGUUCAAAUAAAUGCGAUGUCAUGAGCACUGGGGGCUUUUCUUAUGUACAUACCAUCCAAUUCCAAUGUAUUUAUAUCUCUAACACCUAAAUGUUACUUUUUUGCAUUUC